AUGUGGGUAGUGAUUGUUUUGGCUCAGGUGAAUGGACACAGUGCUGGUUGCUUGGAAGGGGAAAGGAGGGGUCUAUUGGAAUUCAAGGAGUUCCUCAAAUCCAACGGUGCUGAUGCAGACCAUCCUCUCCCUACCACACUGUCGGCUUUGAGAAAAUUGGAGACUCUAAAUCUUGAAUGGAACAAAUUUGAUGAUACCAUUCUGCCAUCUUUGAGUGCGCUUAGAUCCCUUAAGAUGCUUAAUCUUCGUGCAAAUAAAAUCGGGGGAUUAUUUCCAGCUCAUGAAUUAGCUUAUUUUGGGAACCUGGAAAGGUUGGAUCUAAGUGAAAAUCAACUUAAUGGCAUCCAAGGUUUGACAUCAGUCCGCCAUCUGGAGAUCUUAAAUUUAAGUGAGAAUAAUUUCUUUGCAAGUGUUCCUCCAUCCUAG